AUGACGGAGAUUGAAGACGUAGACAGGAUUAGUAGCUUACCAGAUGAGAUUCUCACUCAUAUCCUAUCUUUCCUGGAGACCAGAGAAGCUAUUGCAACAAGUGUAUUGUCCAAAAGAUGGGAGUUUAUUUGGACAACGGUCCCUGUUAUUUACAUUUUGGAACAUAAAAUACAGUCGUCGUUAAGUUUCAAAGCUUUUGUUGACAGGGUUCUGAUCCUUAAUGAUGCACCUUUCUUACGACUCUUUCGACUUCAGUUCACGAAUGAUAUCUUGCAUGUCUGUUCAUGGAUGAGGAAUGUUAUGAGACGGAAUAUAUUUGAAAUUAAGGUUUGGCGCAUGAUGACAUUAGAGGAGGAGAAAGUAAGACCACUAAAGGGGAAUCUUGUGAGUGAGAAUCUUAAGGUGCUAAAGUUGUAUGGCGAUUCAAUAGCUCCCUGGUUUUCCUUAUCAAAUCUCUUCCUACCAAAGCUCCUGAUUUUCCACCUUGAAAAUUUUGAUUUCAUUGACGACGAUGUUUGUUUAGAUGACAUCUUCUGGUCGGGUUUACCAUGUCUUGAAGAAUUUGUUAUUAGUUUUUGUCAGAAUUUGGGGAGUGUUUGUUUCCGUUCUUCUUCAUUAAGGAGAUUGGAGAUACGAUGUAUUCUGACCGGAUCGAAGAGCCGAACUUUAAUAAUUGAUGCUCCAAGUCUUGAAUAUCUGUCUAUUGAUGAUAAUUUUUUAGACAUUAAGUUGAAGAUUAACGCCCCUUCAUUAAUUGAAGCUCAUUUUGGUUUAUGGGGUUAUGGAUCUGGUAUUGAACUGGUGGAAAUAUUGAAGCAAUUUCCCAGCUUGAAAACUUUAGAUAUAUUUACUUCAGCAGAAUUGUUCCAUCAUUUUGUUGCGGGACUACGAGCUGUGAUACAAUUUCCCCUAUUUCCUAAAUUAAAAUGUUUAGAUGUCAGUCAUUUCUGGUUUUAUCGUAAGCAUCCUUCACAUUUAACGAUAAUGGUUCUGCUAUGUGAACAUGCACCCAACCUUGUGUCACUUAAAUAUGGGGAUAAGGAUCCGAUGUCAGAUUGCGAAAGUGAGGAGCCGUAUUAUUAUCUGCCUCCAACUGUGGUGCCCAAGUGUUUGUCAUCAACGCUUAAAGUCAUUGACAUGUACAGCUAUCAAAUGAUUGAUGAUGUUGUGACAAAGUAUUUGUUACAAUACGCAACGAGAUCUUUGAAACCUCUAGAGUCUAGACUAUGUUAUGUUAAGUUAGCCUCCCCUGCAGGCUGCACAUCUGCUGUUUUAAUGUUUGUCUAUGCCUCCGGAUUGAUCUACUUUUGCUUUUUCUCUAUGGUAAUUAGUAGCACUUCAACUUUUUUCUCUCUCAUAGCCCCAAAGUACUGUGCAUGGUAA